UUUACAUUUAAAUUUUUAUUGAAAUAUAAUUUUCUUUUCGAGCUCAGAUCAACUAAGCCUAUCCAGCUGGACAGAUUGUUCGAGCUAUGGACAACUUUAUAUUAGAUCAAUAAUAAACCCAAAGAACGCUUUGGGCCCCAAAAUUGUGGACACACCGGGCUUACACGUGAAAUAGCUGCACUCUUUCGGCCCUCCUUUGUAGCCGAAAAAACCAUUAGCAGCAUCAACAUUUCUCAUUUUCUUCUUCUUUUUGUUACCCAAAUGCUCCUUUCAUGUCGAUUCUGAUCGGGUCCCAACCCUUUCAAACCCAUCUGAUAUGCAUUUGUGUCUGAUAUGUAUCACGCUCUGGGCACGACCCGCCUAAUAUACCGUGCCCGCAUCUCAAGAUUCGUUAAAACUGGCCUCAUCGACCAAGCCGUCCACCUGUUCGACGAAAUGACUCAAUCAGAUUGCCGAGUCUUUGGCAUCGACUACAACCGAUUCAUCGGCGUCCUUAUUCGUCAUUCCCGUUUCGACUUAGCUGAACGCUACUACUUCCAAAUGUUCCCUCAGGGUUUCUCUCUGACCCCAUUUACUUACUCUCGAUUUAUCUCUGGUUUAUGCACUGUCAAAAACUUUAGUCUCAUUGAGCUUCUUUUAGAUGAUAUGGAUAAAUUGAAUUAUGUUCCUGAUAUUUGGGCGUUUAACAUUUAUUUGAAUCUUUUGUUUAAAGAGAAAAAGGUAGAGUUAGCUUUAGAGGUUUUUUAUAGCAUAGUUGAGAAAGGGAGAGACCCGGAUGUUGUAACGUAUACGAUAAUGAUUGAUGGGAUGUGUGAAGCUGGGAAGCUUGAUAAUGCUGUUGAGUUUUGGAAGGAAAUGGUGGGGAAAGGUUUAAAACCAGAUAAGAAAGCCUGUUGUGCGCUUGUCAUUUGGUUGUGCGAAGGUGGGAAGGUUGAUUUGGCGUAUGAGCUUAUUAUUGAGGUGAUUAAGGGUGGAGAUGUAGAGUUUAGUUCAUUGCUCUUUAAUGCACUGAUUAAUGGGUUUUGUAAAAUGAGGAGAAUCGAUAAGGCGCAGGCAAUAAAGUCGUUUAUGACAAAAAAUGGGUGUCAGCCGGAUUUGGUUACUUAUAAUAUUUUGUUGAAUUAUUGUUGUAAUGAGCUUAUGUUGGAGAAGGCAGAGAAGUUGAUGAAGAAGAUGGAGAGGAACAGGAUGGGACCUGAUGUUUAUAGUUAUAACCAGAUGAUUAAGGGGCUUUGUAAUGCUGAUCGGUUGGAUAAAGCAUACUUCUUGAUGGUUAAUAAGAUGGAGCCGAAUGGGUUGGCUGAUGCUGUUUCUUAUAAUACCAUUAUCAAAGCAUUUUGCAAAGGUGGUCAUGUUCGAAAAGCUUACAAACUUUUUGAGGAAAUGAGUAGGAAGGGGAUUUCACCUGAUGUUGCGACGUACACAACUCUUAUAAAAGCUUUUCUUAAUGAAGGUAGUUCCGAUGUAGCUAAAGCACUUAUCGAUCAUAUGUCAGGGAUGCGUCUGUUGCCUGAUCAGAUUUUCUAUACUACGAUUAUUGACCACCUAUGCAAAAGUGGGAAAGUUGAAAGAGCUUGUGGAAUUUUUAAUGACAUGAUAAUGCAGGGAGUUAACCCUGAUGUGAUUUCAUACAAUGCCCUCAUCAAUGGGUUUUGCAAGUCUAACAGAGUAAAUGAAGCUUUACAUCUAUACGAGGAAAUGCAGACUAAAGGGCUCUCUCCUGACGAAACAACUUACAAAUUGAUAAUUGGAGGGCUUGUACUGGAAAAGAAACUUGCUAAGGCUUGCACAGUAUGGGAUCAAAUGAUGGAGAAGGGUUUUACUCUUGACGGAGCUCUUUCAGAGACACUGAUCAAUGCUAUCCAAUCAACAGACUCUGCAUAAAGGUGAACUAUUUGUUUUGGACCUUUGGUAUUGAAUAGCCAUAUGGAUGGAUUGUUUGCUGCUCUUCUUAUGAUCCUUUAUUCUUGCCACUGUUUUGCCCUUUCUGCAGACUCUUAGAAAAUAAAUCUCAGGGGAGCUUCGCCAUGCUAUGCUUAGACCGGGUGAUUCCAAGCGCUGUGGGCAAAAAACCGUACGUUGCUCUCAAAUCGAUAAAUACUUUCUUCAUGUUUAUG